AUGGCGCGGCGGCACCGGCGGCGGCGCUCCGAGGCGGCCGAGGACUUCUUGUCGGCGCGGCGCCGCGACCCUAACCUAACGUGGGAGGAGUACGAGCGCAGCCGCAAGCUGACGCACUCGACCGUCAUGCUCGAGGAGGAGCGCGUGCGCGUCGCCAUGAUCGACAAGUCGCUGCGCAGCCGCGCCUCGGUCGACCAGCCCGCGCUAUCGGAGCGCGCGCCAAGCAUCCCGGACGAGCCGCUGCCCCCGACGCCCGCCAGCCCGCGCGUGCGCACCAACUGGGUCUCGGGCCGGCUGAGGCGCCAGCGCGCAAACUCGGACGGCACCGACGACUUUGACGCCGACGACAAGGAGAUGCUGCUCGGGGGCGCGUCGCCCUCGCCCGUGUCCUCGCCCUCGGUCCUGCAGCCGCCGCACUGCGUGUGGAGAGAUGUCGGGGACAGCGCCAGCGCGGGGAGCGGCACGCCCUCGUCUGGGUCCAGGCCGUCCAGCAGCGGCAACCACAACAGCCACCGCACCAGGAGCAACAGCACCGGCAACAAUAGCCCGCGGCCCAGCCCGAGCUCGAGCCAGCGGUGGCUGUGGGAGCUGCCCGACGGCAAGAAGUGCCCGCCGGCCUGGGCCAACGCGCGGUGGGGUGGUGACAACAGGGACGCGCCGCCGCCCGUGCCGCCGCCGUCGCUGCGCACGCGCACGCCCCCCAUCUGGGCGCACCCGGCCUUCAGGCCAGAGGGCGGCGCCGGCACCAUUGUCGCCAGGAGCUUCACAAACGACACGGGCAUAUAUCCGUCCGAGAUGGCGAGGGUGAAGCCGGCGUCGCUGAAAUACUUAUUUCGUCGGUACAAACAGGACUACGAUCCUGGGGGCCACGUACCGGAGCUGGUACAAUGGGGAAGGAUGGUACAGCCCCUUGCUGGGCAUGGGUCAGCGGAUUUUCUGUGUAAUUUUAAUGUGGCGUAUGGUUGA